AUCCUGGCUUUGUGGAGAGCCAUUCAGUGGGGAGGGAGAUGAGCUGCGGUUGAUCGUUGGUUGAGUUCGGGCGCCGCUGCAGCUGCUGUGGGACCAUGUCUGUGGCAGGGUUUAAGAAGCAGUUCCACAAAGCCACACAGCGUGUCAGUGAAAAAGUUGGUGGCGCAGAGGGCACCAAACUUGACGAUGACUUCAAAGAAAUGGAAAAGAAGGUGGAUGUCACCAGUCGAGCAGUGUUGGAAAUAAUGACGAAGACAACAGAAUAUCUGCAGCCCAAUCCAGCCUCCAGGGCAAAACUGACAAUGAUCAACACUAUGUCGAAGAUCCGAGGACAAGAGAAAGGACCUGGCUAUCCGCAGGCAGAGGGGCUGUUGGGCGAAAGCAUGAUCAAAUUUGGCAAGGAGCUUGGUGAAGAAUCUAAUUUUGGGCAGGCUCUGCUGGAUGCUGGGGAAACGAUGAAACAGCUGGCUGAGGUGAAAGAUGCCCUAGACAUGGAAGUAAAGCAGAACUUCAUUGACCCACUGCAGAAUCUCCAUGACAAAGACCUGAAAGAAAUACAGCACCAUCUAAAGAAACUGGAGGGACGGCGACUGGAUUUUGACUACAAGAAGAAAAGACAAGGGAAGGUCCCAGAUGACGAGAUUCGACAGGCACUGGAGAAAUUUGAUGAAUCGAAAGAAAUUGCAGAAUCGAGCAUGUUUAACCUACUGGAGAGUGAUAUUGAGCAAGUGAACCAGCUUACAGCAUUGGUACAAGCGCAGCUUGAGUAUCACAGACAGGCGGCACAGAUUUACCAGGAGCUCUCAGUACAGCUGGAGCAGAGAAUGAGGGAGGCGACAGCAUGCCCUCGAAGGGAAUAUAAACCAAAACCUCGCACGACUUACGAUUUUGCAGAGGAAGCCCAGCCGAACGGUGGAGUGACUCUCAGUGGUCCAAAGACACCAGGUACGCCGUUAGACCAACCCUGUUGCAGGGCCUCAUAUGACUUUGAUCCGGAAAAUGAAGGAGAGCUGGGCUUCAAAGAAGGUGACGUCAUCACUCUCACCAACCAAAUCGAUGACAACUGGUACGAAGGGAUGCUCCAUGGACAGUCUGGAUUUUUCCCAAUCAACUAUGUUCAAGUAUUAGUUCCUUUACCUCACUAGGAUAACUAUUGUAACCCGACCUGCCAUUAUGUUUGUGCCACUUGCUAAACCGAUAGAGGUGGUGCAGUUUGUGACAUUGUCUGAUGCUGUGACACUGGUUAUCAAUGAGCUCCCUUGGUGUAAAGUCUUUGGUUUACAUGUAUCAUAAUCCUAAUUGUUGCACUCAGUUCCAUCUGUAGUGAAUAUAGGCACAAGUGUUGCUGAUCAUUACUGUUUUGGAUAUGUUUAGUUCAUUCUGCCCUCAGUGAGGACUGCAACACAACCAUCUUGCUUAGCAAAGCACAAUCGAGUUGUGGACGUUACCAGUGAAUGCUUCACCAUUCUGAUCUUUUGUUUCCACAUGUGAGUCCCCGGCAUCUUGCUUAUCUUAUUUUUGUAACAGUGGUAAAGCUGUACAGUUUGGUUCCUGAGAAUAUAUUUAUCUAAACUAAAAAUAAGAAAGAAUAUAUGUGCUAUAUGAAUUGUUUUAUUCUAUUUGUGCUGACUGAAAAUACAGUGAUUGAAAAUUUGUUGCUUAAUGUGUGAAAUUCCAUCUAUUAAAAUGGUCAGUAAACUCUG